AUGGUCUCCUUCAAAGCUUUCUGCUCUGCCCUGGCCUUCCAGGCCCUCGCCGUGUCCGCCGCGCCGGCCGAGGAGGUUCCCAAGUUUACUCCUCCCAACAAGCUCCAGGCUCAGGCUUCCAUCUUCUACUGGUCCAACAUCCACAACCUCCCCAAGGCAUGGAACGACCGCAUCAGCUCCAUCAAGAACCAAGCAAAGAGCGCGUAUAAGUGCACCUGGUACAUCGGCUACAACUGCAACGGCAAGUCGUACUCCAACCAGGAGGAUGCUAACCUGGCUGACGGCGACGGUGCCUUCAACGACUCUAUCAGCAGCUACUCUUGCCGACGCAAGUGA